AUGAAGUCAGUCACAGUGCCAAUACUUCUGACCCUGGCUCUUUGCCUCAUUCAAGAUGCUGCCAGUGAAGAUGCAAAUCAGGAAACAUGCAGUGGAUUUCAAGACUUGAUGAAAAAUGGGAAAUUGUUCUGUUCUCAGGAUAAAAAACUUUUUCAAAGCCCUCAAGGAAAAUUGCUCUUCAACAAAUGUGUCACAUGCAAAAUGAUACUGGAAAAAGAAGCAAAAUCUCAGAAAAGAACUGGGCGUUUAGUGAAAGCCACUGCCCCAACAGAGCUGAAUUGCAGUGAUUUCCAGAAAGGAGAAAAAGAUGGGGAUUUUAUCUGUACUGCUGAUGAUGCUGCAGUUUGUGGCACAGAUGGGAAAACAUACCGCAACAGAUGUGAACUGUGUGCUGAGAAUCAGAAGACCAGCUCCCAAGUUGGCAUAAAAGGCGAGGGAAAAUGUGAAAGCAGUAAUCCAGAACAGGAUGUAUGCAGUGCUUUUCGGGCCUAUGUGAAAGACGGAAGACUUGGAUGCACAAGAGAAAACGAUCCAGUUCUUGGUCCUGAUGGGCGAACACAUGGCAAUAAGUGUGCAAUGUGUGCUGAGCUCUUUUUGAAAGAAGCUGCAGAAAAUGCCAAGCGAGAAGGUGAAAAUAGAAUUCGAAGAAAUGCUGAAAAGGACCUCUGCAAGGAAUUUGAGAACCAAGUGAGGAAUGGGAGACUCUUUUGUACACGAGAGAGUGACCCCAUCCGUGGCCCUGACGGCAGGAUGCAUGGCAACAAAUGUGCGCUGUGUGCUGAAGUUUUCUUGAGGAACUUUUCUGAAGAAAAAAAUAAAUCAGAUCAAAAUCUGAUUGAGAAUGAAGAAAAUGUUAAAGUUAAAAGAGAAAUUGAGAAACAAUGCAGUGAAUAUCGAGAUCAUGCAAAGAAGGGGAUACUUUUCUGCACCAGAGAAAAUGACCCUGUCCGUGGUCUAGAUGGAAAAAUGCAUGGCAACCUGUGCUCCAUGUGCCAAGCCUUCUUCCAACAAGAAGCUGAAGAAAAGAAAAAGGCUGAAGCCCAAGCAAGAAACAAAAGAGGAUCCGAAAAUUCACCUUCAUAUGAAGAUCUUUGCAGUGAAUAUCRACAGUUGGUGAGGGAUGGGAGACUCCCCUGCACCAGAGAGAAUGACCCCAUUCAGGGCCCAGAUGGAAAAUAUCACAUUAUCCUCAUGAAUAGAAGUUAUUUUAAACAAGAAGAAAAAUCAACAGCAAAAGAAAAAAGGGAAGCUGCAAAGGAAAUCUGCAGUGAAUUCCAGAACUACGUGAGAAAUGGAUCACUCRUAUGCACCAGAGAGCACAACCCUGUUUUUGGCCCAGAUGGCCAAAUUCAUGGAAACAAGUGUUCCAUGUGUUCUAGUGUGUUCAUGCUUGAAGAAGAGGAGAAGAAAAAACAUAACGAAGAAGAAACAGAGAAAGUUGAGGCUGAAAAAGUUAAGAGAGAAGCCGUGGAGAAGCUGUGCAGUGAAUACCGUCAGUAUGUGAAGGAUGGGCGGCUCCCCUGCACCAGAGAGAAUGACCCCAUUGAGGGCCUGGAUGGGAAAAUCCACGGCAACACUUGCUCCAUGUGUGAGGCCUUCUUCCUGCAAGAAGCAAAAGAAAAAGAUAAUGAAUCCAGAGAAAAAAUUAAAAGAGAAUCUGAAAAGGAAAAUGAAGAAAGAAAGAAGAAAGAAGAGGAUGAUCAGAGAAAUUCUGCAGGACAAGGUUCUAAUGGUGGAGGAGGGAAAGCUCAGGAUCCAUGUGCUGAGUAUCGGGAUCAUAUGCAAAAUGGAAAACUCAGCUGCACUCGGGAGAGUGAUCCUGUACGUGGUGCUGACGGGAAAUCAUACAACAACAAAUGUGCCAUGUGUAAAGAGCUACUGCAAAAAGAAGUAGAGGAAAAAGAAAAGAAUUCUGGCAUCAGAUCAAAUGAGACUGGAUCAGAGUCAGGAAAGGAUGUAUGUGAUGAGUUUAGAAGCCAUCUAAAAAAUGGACAACUCAUCUGCACUCGAGAGAGCGACCCCGUCCGGGGUCCUGAUGGCAAGACACAUGGCAAUAAAUGUGCCAUGUGUAAGGAGAGGCUGGAAAAGGAAGCAGCUGAGAAAAAAAAGAAAGAAGAUGAAGAAAAGAAAAAUACAKGGGAAAAGAACAACAACAAGGAGGAUCUGUGUUAUGAAUUCCGGAGCAAGCAGAAAGAUGRAAAGCUUGUCUGCACCAGAGAAAAUAACCCUGUUCGAGGCCCAGAUGGCAAGAUGCAUGCCAACAAGUGUGCCAUGUGUCUGAGCGUCUUUGAGCGAGAAGCCAGUGAAAGAAAAAAUGAUAAAGAGUCAAGUUCCAAGCCUUCAAACAAGCCUUCAAAUGAUGCAAAGGACCAGUGCAGAGAGGUUCAGAAUGAAGCAGAGGAUGCAAAGUUUAGACAGUCUGGGAGUACCUUGGCCUCUGUUGCCGGGAUCAGAGCAGAUGAGUGCAGUGAGUUUCGGAAACACUUGAGGAAUGGAGAGCUCAUCUGUACCCGAGAGCAUGACCCCGUCCGUGGCGAUGAUGGAAAGUUCUACAGAAACAAGUGCCACAAGUGCAGAGCUGUCUUUCAAAAAGAAAUGUUUGAAAGAGUAAAACUUCGUAAAAUGUCAUUCCACAUUAGAGCUUCCGAAGAGGAAAACAGCCCAGGUUCGCCCAGUUCUUCUCUGGAUUCCGAGAUGUGCAAACAGUACCGAGUGCUGCCAAGGAUGGGUUUUCUUUGCCCAAAGGAUUUACAGCCUGUCUGUGGUGAUGAUGGACAAACAUAUAACAACCCUUGUAUGCUCUGUCAUGAAAACCUGAUGCGUCAAAUGAAUAUACACAUACGUAGUGAAGGGAAGUGUGAGGAAAGCAGCAUCCCAGAAACCCCUGUGGACGCACAGACAUCUGUGAGUACCCGGGACUUCCUGCUCAGGGUGUUAGAAGCAGCUGGUCUGCCUCUGUCCUCUUGCUCUGGGUUGGAAAUUUCUUAG